GGGUGCACACACACAAAAACGACGAGCUCCAAGAUGACGACGCCGGACAAGACGAGAUUGGCCGAGGACGUGGGCAGCCUCGAGAUCUUCGGGACGCCCUUCUCGACGUUCACGCGCAGCAUCACGAUGGGCCUCGAGGAGAUGGGUCUGGGCGGGCACUACAUCCAGCACCCUUUCACGCCACAUUCGGCAGAGGUCAAGAAGCGGAACCCACUUGGCCUUCUUCCUGUCCUCAUCCAUCGGCCCGAUGCCAUCUACACGUCGGCAGAGAACGCAGUGGUGUUGUUCGAGAGCAACGCGGUACGGCGCUACCUCGACGACUUCGUCUACCCGACUGUCUCGCGCCACGGCAAAAAUCAGCAUGCGCUGACGCCCCCACUCCCGGGCCAUGGCACCACCCAGGACGGCGUCUUGCUGGCGCAGGCCGCCGAGGCGAGGGCAAGAGUCGAUCAGUGGGUCUCGAUGGCCUCCUCGACGCUCUUCCAGAAUGUCGAGUUUGGCGUCGUCAAGCCACGUUUGGCCAUGGAGAAGAACGGCGCCGACGACGCAACGGUAUACACGGCCCUUGAAGGUAACAUUGACAAGAUGCAUGCCGUCCUGUCCAAGCUUGAAGACCUGGCCAAGCGAGACCCGACACCGUUCCUGUGCGGGAGCGAGAUUACCUGGGCAGACCUUUUCCUGUACCCUGCACUGGCCGACUUGAGGGCCACCCCGCAGGGCGACGUGAUUCGCGGAUCAGACGCAAGGUUUCCCUGGAUUGCCGCCUGGUCCGACCGGAUGGACGCCCGCCCCUCUGCCAAGAGCACCUACGAAGGCACUUUGGCCUCGCAGCGCAAAAAGUGACAGAAAGUGUGAAGAUUGUAUUGAAGAUGCUGUCUGAAAAUGAAAACAAAAGAACAAUUGCUUUCCUCUCUCAGCGACGCCGCUUUGCUCUCUGCUCCUUUUUGGCCUCUUGGUCCUCGUCUUCCUCUUCUUCUUCUUCGGCAGCCUUGCCGCCUCCAGAGUUGCCCUUCCUCAUCUUUGUCCCGACCUGGUCCAUCUCCUCCCAGAUCUCAUCCUCGUCAUCGUCUUCUUCCUCGCUCUCUGCCCCCUCUCCAUUGCCUUUCCCGGCUCGAAGAUUAUCCUCUGCGCUUUCCUCAAUCGUGGGAACCUUGCCGUCCCAAACGCAAGCCACGGCAGCUGGACCGCCGGUGAAGACAGAGGCGAUGACUUGGCCCCUCUUGUUGGAUACUGCCGGCCUCUUGACUGGUUCCUUUCCAUUGGCCUUGACCUGCGCAACGGGAGGCGGC